UUGUGUUGUUUGGUCCUGUUCAUGGAGUCUUUUCAAACUCAACAUUUGCGGUCUGCAUUUCUACAUUAUGGAGAGUUCCAAGCUGAAGCUGAAGCCUGAAGUAGGGCUGCUGGGUGGAGUGUCUCUCAUUGCUGGAGUCAUAAUUGGAUCUGGAAUUUUCAUUUCCCCUCAAUAUGUGCUGAUUUUUAUGGGAAGUCCAGGUGCUAGUCUGAUCAUUUGGACUCUUUGUGGAUUGUUGGCCAUGGUAGCUUCUUUGUGCUAUGCUGAACUGGGAACUGUGAUUCGUGAGUCUGGAGGAGAGUAUAUUUACAUCUUGCGCACUUCAGGUAACGUCAUGGCAUUUAUAUGCGCCUUCACCAACAACAUUGUGGUAAGACCAACUGGCAUGAUUGCAUCAGCACUUGUCUUUUCCCAAAAUGCCCUUGCACCUUUCUAUGAGGAUUGUCCACCACCAAAUGUAACAGUGAAGUGCUUUGCAGCCCUGGGGAUUUUGACAUUGACAGUUGUGAACUGCCUGAAUGUGCGCUCCUCCAUCAAAGUCACAGUGUUAUUCACAGCUAUUAAGGUGAUGGCGCUUAUAAUAAUUAUGAUCGGGGGACUUGUGCUGCUCAUUCGAGGAACCACAUCCAACAGCCUCCAAAAUUCCUUUGAAGGGACCACGCUGAGCAUUAAAACCAUGGGUAUAGCCUUUUACCACUGUUUAUGGGCGUACGAUGGCUGGAAUACUUUAAACUUUGUUACCGAAGAGGUCAAUCGUCCUGAGGUCAACCUGCCGAGGGCACUGAUGAUUGCUAUUCCCAUGGUCACGAUUCUCUACCUACUAGUCAAUGUCAGUUAUCUGGUUGCCAUGUCACCCGCAGAGAUGAUAUCAUCUAGUGCAGUAGCUGUGACAUGGGGAAAUAAGGUGUUAGGAGGAUGGGGCUGGGUGAUGUCCAUUGCUGCAGCACUCUCAUCCUUUGGUUCUCUAAAUGGAUCCUUUUUCAGUGGAGGACGAGUGUGUUACGUUGCAGCAAGAGAGGGCCAUAUGCCUGACAUACUAGCCAUGGCUCACAUGCACCGGCUUACUCCAUCUCCUGCCCUCAUUUUCAACACUGUCAUUGCUCUUAUUGUUCUCAUUCCCGGGGACUUCCAGGCAAUAGUCAACUUUUUAAGCUUUACUGCCUGGUUCUUCUAUGGAGUAACGUUAUCAGGUCUUCUAUAUUUAAAAAUCAAGAAACCUGAACUUCCCCGGGCAAUUUCGGUACCCAUAAUCCUUCCCAUCGUGGCUUUGCUGGCUGCAGUGUUCCUGGUGCUGGCUCCUAUCAUCGAUGACCCUCAGAUAGAGUACCUCUAUGCGGUCAUCUUCAUACUGAGCAGCAUUGUGAUUUAUAUACCUUUCAUUCACUUCAAGCUGUUUCCAGGAAUGUUAAACAAACUCACAGUCUUCCUUCAGCUUUUUCUAGAGGUAGCACCGACUGCCAAAAACCUGUAAUGCUGCACCAACAGUAAUGUCAAAUGUUGUGCUUUCCAUAUUCAAAUGCUACAAACUGUUAGAAAUGUUAUAGACGUGUGAAAAUCGGUUUAAAGAGGACCUAUUAUGCAAAAAAAUCACUUUUAUAAGGGCUUUAAACACAGUUCUGUGUUAUUAAAUUCAACUUAAGAAGUUCUAUAUAUAUCCCUGUACACAAGAAGUAGGCCAUUUAGAUCCUCUAAGAUUGACUACAACAAUUUAGUCAGUACAGCCCUGCUGAAAAAUCCAUCUUAA